UCUCUCGCCGAGAAGCAGGCUCCGACACCCACUCUCCGUCUUGGGAGUGCAACUCGCUUUUCUUCUGAAUUCGGCGCUGCUUCGAGAGUUUUCGGUCCAAAUCUCCUUUCCUCUCCUCGCUCUGUCGCACGAAAAGGUCGACGCAAGGCGAGAGAAAACGACCAGCUUUGAGAGAGGACAACGUCGCGCAGCUCCCAAAGAAAAGCGAAGAGUUCUCUUCUUCCAGGGGUCUCUCUAACGGCAUCUUUCUCGAAAAAAGACAAAAGAGGAGUGUCCUGAGCGCGCGGUACGAUGGAGGCUUGCCCCGCUGUGAGGGCCGGGGCGUUUGCCCGUCUCAUCUGUUGGAUCUCUCUCCUUUCUUCGACUUUUCUCUUCUUUCUUCGCUCUGUCCACGCCUACGUACCUGGCAUCGCCCCCACUGAUUACACGAGAGGUCAGAAAGUAGAAGUUCAAAUUGCCUCUCUGCAGUCAGUGCAAGGCGUCCUUCCUGUUGACCCUUACCAGUCCAACGCUCCCUUCUGUCGGCCGGAAAAGAUCGAAGUAGAGGAACACAACCUUGGCCAGAUUCUCCUUGCAGACAGAGUGAAAAACACUCCGUUUGAGGUCGGCUUUUUAACGGAUGCAUCCUGCAAGGUCCUCUGCAAAGAUCAACCGAUUGGAGAUGCACAGCGUUCUUUUCUUGAGCGGCUCGUCAAAGACAACUAUCAAUAUCAACUAAUUGUAGAUCAGCUGUACGCGCUUCUCCGACACUACAGGGCAGAUGGGAGCAGCGCCUUUACCUUUGGAACUCCUGUCGGCUUUAGAAAGGGUGAUGAAAUUUUCAUUCACAACCAUUUUCGCCUUCUCCUCUAUUACCACUCCAACAGCGACAAUGACGGACAAGAGGUGCACCGGAUCGUCGGCUUCGAAGUCGUCCCGUACAGCGUCAGACACGUGGAGACGCCUGACGGCGCGGUGUUGUGCGCGCGGGAGGCUGGCGAGUCGGGGGGCGUCCUGGGCGACUCGUCGCUGCCGGCAGCGCCUCUCGCGGAAGAAGGAUUUGCUCUCGGUGACAGCACCAAGAUUUCCUUCACUUACGACGUGCUCUGGCAACACAGCAAUACGCCGUGGUCGCAGCGCUGGGACGCGUAUCUGAAGAACGCGCGCGACAACCCAAUCAUCCACUGGUUCUCCAUUGUGAACAGCCUCGUCGUCGUGCUCCUCCUCAGCGGCAUCGUCGCGAUGAUUCUGCUGCGCGUCCUCUACCGCGACAUCGCAAAGUACAACGAACUUCUCGUCGACGAAGAAGAAGCAGAAGAAACAGGGUGGAAACUUCUCCAUGGAGAUGUCUUCCGGAAGCCUGCGCACUCGACUGUUCUCGCUGCGCUCGCGGGCUCCGGCAUUCAGCUCGUUGGGAUGGCCUUCGUUACGGUCAUCUUCGCCGGUCUCGGCGUCUUCUCCCCGUCGUAUCGCGGGAGCCUUCUUCAGGCCGUCCUGCUCCUCUGGACCUUCAUGGGUGCGGCUGCAGGGUACACCUCUGCGAGGCUCUACAAGAUGUUCAAGUCGACGAACUGGAAAAUGACAACUAUCCGGACUGCUCUCGUCUUCCCUGGGGUUGUCUUCGCUGUCUUCUUCUUGCUCAACCUUGUUCUGUGGAUGCAACGCUCGAGCGCGGCCGUGAGUUUCUCGGCUCUUGUUUUCCUCCUCUUGCUCUGGUUCGGCAUCAGCACGCCUCUCGUGUUCCUGGGAGCAUACGUCGGUUUCAAACAACAACCUAUUUCUCUACCUGUACGAAUCAACAAAAUUCCUCGACAGAUUCCACAACAGCCGUGGUUCAUGCAGCCAGUGCUGUCAUGUGUUGUCGGAGGAGCGCUGCCUUUCGGCGCCAUGUUCACGGAGUUGUUCUUCCUCUUCUCUUCCAUCUGGCAACACCGCUUUUACUACCUUUUCGGCUUUCUAUUUCUCGUUCUCGUCAUUCUAUGCGUCACGUGUGCCGAAAUCUCCAUCACAUUUGUAUACUUCCAACUUGUCUGCGAAGACUAUCUUUGGUGGUGGAGGUCGUUCUUAUGUAGCGCUUCGAGUGGAUUCUACGUUCUUCUCUACGCUGUCUAUUACUACCACUCUCGCCUGAAACUCACGCACGCAACCGGCGCCCUCAUCUACUUCGGUUACUCGUUCAUCAUGGCGUACGCAUGCUUCAUUCUCACGGGUGCCAUCGGCUUUAUCGCAUCGUUCUUCUUUCUGCGGAAGAUCUACGGCUCUAUCAAAGUGGACUGAGCCUACACGAAGGAAGUUCUUCUGUUCUGGCUUGCUGUGCCUACGUUGGAAAGUCUCUUGUACAAACGAUGUCCACAGGACAUCUAACUGGUUAGCCUGGGGGCCUGAUUCCUCCAAGAAGUGUUUUUUGCUGGCAAGGUGCCAGCGUGGAAUGAUAGUACUAUUUGAGGGAAGUCACAAAACGCCACGAUGCCUCUUCUGAUUCUUCGGGCGUCUCCGCAGUGCUGAUUGCCGUGUCGUGGGGAGUGAAACAGUCAGAAUGCUAGCACGUCUGCAUCCUCGUUCCGUGAUCAGUCUGUCACCAGGGUGACACAUUGUAUGUGGAACGUAUGCCUGACUGAAACAUUUAGUCAGCGCCUUCAAUGGAAUCUCUGAAUCGGC